AUGUCCGGGUCCGUCCUGGAGGCCCUGACCCUCUCCACUGCCAUGAAGUGUGUCCCCCACGACGGCUGCUCCCUGUUCCUGCGCGUCAAGGCCUCUCUCACGCUGCAUGAGGGCCUGCGGGGCCUGGAGGCCUGCUCCAUGAGCCUGGACACCCAGGAGACACAGUGCCAGAGCGUGCGGGUCCCCAGGGCCUCCCGCCGGCUGCAGGUGGGGCAGCAGCUCCAGGUGCACUUUGACUGCUUUGAGGUGAGCGUGGCCCAGAGCCUCUACGUCACCCUGAGGACUGUCCCCCACUUCUGCGGGGUCCAGCUGGACCAGCGGUACCAUGUGGAAGACUGCGCAGAUGAGGACGUAGGGAGGAACGUGCCCGACUGCUUUGCUGGGAAGCUCUCCUACUCGGUGGACCGCAGCCGCAAGGUCGUUCUGGUACAGGUGCCAGAGUCAGGGGGCCCCGACUACUACGUGCGGCUCUGCCUCAAGUGGUUGACCUGCGAAGACGCGGGCGCCCCAGUGCGAGUGACAGCGAACGGGGUCUCCCGGAGGGUCUCUCUGCCCUACAAACAAGAGUUGUCGUGCCUGUGCCUUGAGGGCUGGUCUGCGACGCCUGACGCCGUGCGGAUCCAGACCUGCCCCUUCGAAGAUGACACGGAGACACUGUGGGACGCCAUCCACUACCACCCGGGGAGCCAGGAGCUGAGUUGGGAGCCUGCCUGUCCCAUGAGUGGCCGUGUGAGUCUGUGCUGGCGCCCAGGGCCAGGACCCCAGUGCCUGGAGCUGGAGCAGUCCGGCCGGCCCGCACACAGCAGGGUGCAGUACCCUCUUGUGGACACCCAGCCCCAGCUCUGCCUGAAGUUCUCCACGAGCCUGGGCUUCCCGGUGAGGUGCCCUUUUGAGCAGCUGCGCUUCCCAGCCUGGAAGAUGACUGUCCAGCUGGCACCCGCUCCGGGCCACCUCCGGGUGGCCUUCUUCUCGCCCAGCCCUGCCCACUUCCAGGUGUGCCUGUGUCACCGAGGGAAGACGUGGCCCCCCGCGUGCCGCCGGGUGCUCCAGGCCACCCCCAUCCCUGCGGGUGACCCCACAGAGGACCCUGUGGUGGCCUUUGUGGAUAUUCCCGGGGACCAGGCCUGCGCACCCGGCACCUGCAUCCAGGGCAGAAGGACGGACAUCCAGUUCUCCGCCCCCCAGCAGCUGUGCGACCUCCAGUGCGCUGCCACCCAGGGGACAGCAGCCUGAGGCCAGGUGUCUCACCAGGAAGAAGCAAGUGCUAGGGCCUGACUGCUGGGAUGUGGCCAGGGGUCACCCAGCAGUUGGCCGGCUGGGUCUGCCCUCCCAGGACCCUCCUGCCGGCUCACAAGGACCACCGGGCCACGCCUCCCGAGCUGUGUCUGGAGUCACCUCCACGAGACGACGGUGCAUCCAGGCCCCGCCCUGGAUGUCAGCUGCGCUGCGUCUGCGUCUGUGCCCCUACACCCAGGCCCUGGCUGGGCUGUCCCUCCUUCAGCCGGACACAGUCCACCGGGCCUUCUCCUAUCCCUCUCUCAAUGGGGCCUGCUGCCCCCAGCCGACUAGGGGGGCAGGCAAAGCCAGCAUGGCCCCUCGCUCAGUAAACACUUG